AUGACAAGGGACGACGCUCUGGCCUACUGCAGGAGGCACUACACAGACCUGGCCAGUGUGAGAAACGAAACUGAGAAUACAAUGAUCCAGAAUGUUGUAAGUGGAAACAGAGUUUGGAUCGGCCUGUACAGAUACACCUGGAGAUGGUGGUCAGAUGGCACUUCCCGAUCAUUCAGUUACUGGGCAGAUGGACACCCGGUAAGUUUAACUGAGAGCUGUGCUGCAAGUGUGAUCAACGCUACUCACCUUGGAAAGUGGGUGGAAAAUCACUGUAACGAAAACCUUCAUUUCAUAUGCCAAAACAAUAGGACGCAGUUGUUUAAUGUUAAGCUGACAGCACUGAAAACCACAAUCGACUUGAAUGUCCCUGCUGUGACGGACGCCAUCUUGAAUCGGAUCAAAGAGAAGCUGAUGGAGGAGGGGAUUACAAGAGAUUUCAAAAUUUUCUGGAUGAAGAAGCCGGGCAAAAACAUCUUCCACAAAGAAGAGGAGAAUGCAGAUGCAGUGGAGGCGGAAGUUUAA